AAGGCUUUUUUUCCUAAUGUGCAAUUGGAUACAAGUAUUACAGUUCCCGCCUCCUUGACAGGAAGAACACUACACUGUUUCUAGAUGGCAGUAUCUGGCAAAUUAGCUACCCUGCGGCUCCCCCCGCUACCCACCAUAGGGGAGAUCAUAAAGCUGUUUAACCUACGAGCUGAGAAGCAAUUGUCUCAGAACUUCCUCCUGGACAUGAGGCUUACAGAUAAGAUUGUGCGGCAGGCGGGCAGCCUGAGGAACGCCUAUGUGUGUGAGGUGGGUCCAGGGCCUGGUGGACUGACCCGAUCAAUCCUGAACGCCGGCGCUGCUGACUUGCUGGUGGUGGAGAAGGACAACCGUUUUAUCCCCAGCUUGAAGCUCCUGGCCGAGGCGGCCCCCGGCAGGGUCAGGAUAGUUCAGGGUGACAUCCUCACCUACCGGAUGGACCGGGGCUUCAAGCAUGACAUAGCAAAGAAAUGGGAGGAUGAGCCACCAGAGUUGCAUGUGAUUGGGAACCUUCCCUUCAGUGUGUCUACCCCACUCAUCAUCAAGUGGCUGGACUGCAUCUCCACACGCAGCGGCCCCUUUGCGUUUGGACGCACACGCCUCACUCUCACCUUCCAGAAGGAGGUGGCCGAGAGGUUGACGGCGAGCACGGGGAGCAGACAGCGGAGUCGCCUGUCUGUCAUGGCACAGACCUACUGCACCGUCAAGAACUGCUUCACCAUCCCGGGGAAGGCGUUUGUCCCCAAACCUGAGGUGGACGUGGGGGUGGUGCACUUCACUCCUCUGGCUCAGCCCCAGAUCCAGCAGCCCUUCAAUCUGGUGGAGAAGCUAGUCAAGAAUGUCUUCCAGUUCCGCAGAAAGCACUGCUUCCGAGGGCUUGCGAUGUUGUUCCCAGAGGCCCAUCGCACGGAGCUGACCCAUGAGCUGCUGCGGCUGUCCUGCGUGGAGCCCACACUCCGGCCCACCGAGCUCACCAUCCCACACUUCCGGGCCCUGUCGGACGCCUACGGCCAGCUCUGCUCCCAGAGCCAGGGCCUCAUCUCCUACGAGUUCCGCGAGGAACAGAGACUGAAGCGCCUGCACCGCAAACAAGGCACCCCGCACCACACAGAGGCGCCACCAGCUCCGGUGGAGGAGGAGGAGGAGGAGAAUAAAGAACAUUAACAAGCGUGCACACGGAGACGGGUGGGAUGAAACGAAGAAUGACAAGAGGCAGAGAAAGAGACAACAGACUGCUCUUAGCGCUGACAUACCCACCAGGCACGGACAUUAAUUUUUCAAUGUGGGUUUCCUCUCUCCAGAAGGCGUCGUGGGGCAGGCUUUUGAAACGCCCCGGGUGGAGCCGGAGGGGUAGAGGACACGCACGCAACCCGUUACUACCCCCGUGACCAGGCUGACCGACACACUGAGAUGCAUAUGUACCACUCUGGCACAAUAAAAGCCCAGUGAAGAAAUGCAGAGGGAAAAGGGGGAAAGGAAAGAAGUUAAAACAGGAGGGAGGGAGGGAGGGAUGGUGAGGUGAGGUGGUGACAGGAUGCGCUUAUCACACACAUUCCACCUCAAACCUGUGUUCACGCCUGGGCCCAUUGGGUGUGAGAUCACGCCGACAAGGGUUUUGUGGACAACUAAAAAAAUGAGAACAAGUUGCAGCUAUUCAGGCCAUUUUAUCCCGCUCUGCAUCAGCCACUAGGGAAUAGCAAGAGAAUAGGAGAGAAACUGAGCGAGGGGGAGAGAGAGAGAGGGAGAGAGAGAGAAGGUAGCUGCACUGAAAAGUUGUCAGGAGCCUACAGCAGCUAUAGGAGUGCUUUAAUCACAUCACAGACAGGAAGAAGCCUCUUCAUUAUGUCAGACAUUUCAAAGAGAGAAAGGGAGUCAUCGGAUGUUUUUGGUUCCAGGAUGACAGCGCAUUGUAAAAAUAAAUACUAUUACUUUGCAUUUAGAAAAAGACAUCACAGAAUCCACCUCUGAUAAUUGCAAGUCUGUAAUGUUAUUCUGUAUUCUGUUCUGUAUCCUGACUUAAUAAAUGUAAAUAUUUUCUUUGAAUCUCA